UGUGCGUGAGUGGUCACGGCCAAGAGCGCCACUGGAGGUGAUUCCUCGAUCUUGAACUUGGCAGAAAGUGAACGCGAAAGCAGAGUGCCAUCCACUCAGCUUAGCGCCAGCGUCGUCGCCCGCGCUCCUGUUGACGCCACACCGCUGUUACGGACGCCACGCCGCCAUUACGCCAUCUAAAGACACCCGGCAUGCGUUUUUCAUCCGUUCCAUAAGUGCCAUAAGUCAAUUUUCCACACUCUUCGUUUUGCACCCUUUAUUUGAUCCCUAACCGUAAUGGAAUAUUUCUUUGAAUUUUUCGAGCAUUUCCGAAAUGCGGAUUUCGAGACGACGGUUCUCCUCUGUGCCAAAUGCUCCUGUUUAGUGUAGUGUGUUUACAUUCGUGAUAAAUUACUACGUUUGUCCUGUUCAUGAUAAACGAGUGCAUCAUAGUUUCGAUCGAGUUUAAUCAGAAACUUCUUGGUGGUUUCUAGCUUCCGUGCGAACUUCGUUUUAUGUGGUGUGUGAUGUCAGUGAGCGUUUCAUCGAUUUUGGAUUCUUGACUUUGAGUGGACCUUUCAAUCUCCAAUCAAGCCCCGACUGACCGGGGCGUUUAUCAGUGACCAUGUUAGAUGUACCGGCUGUCCCCCCCGUUAUACAUGUUAAAGAUGCCUACAAAUUUUAUGGAUCCGUCCAGGUGCUUGGAGGGAUCACAAUGUCAGUCCAACCGGGAACCAUAUAUGGUUUGCUGGGACCGAGUGGUUGUGGAAAAACCACCCUGAUGAACUGCAUCGUCGGGAGUAACCACAUAGACUCAGGAACCAUUCAAUUCAGUUUCUCUGAACAUAAAGAUCUCGGCUUCAUGCCACAGGUUGAUGCUCCGCUUUGAGCAUGCUUGCAGGAAAUAUCCCUCCAUACCUACUUAAGCAUCAAAGAAGUGAUGAUCUUUUACGGAUACCUGUUCUCUAUGGAUGACGAAAAAAUUAGAGAGAGAGCCAAGCUGUUGUCCGAAAUGCUCGAUUUACCGCCAUUGCACAAAAUGGUUUCAAAUUUAAGUGGUGGACAACAGAGACGGGUAUCCCUAGCUGUAGCUCUAUUGCACGAUCCAAAAGUCUUGAUAUUGGAUGAGCCAACGGUCGGUCUGGAUCCUGUUUUAAGUUCAGCGCUCUGGGAUCGAUUGCAAGAAAUGUCUCAAGCAGGAAAAACCAUCAUCAUAACUACUCAUUACAUCGAGGAGGCUCGCCAAGCAAAUAUGAUCGGGCUAAUGCGAAAUGGACGAAUGCUCAGGGAAGACUCUCCAAAUGCACUUCUACAAAGGUACAACGCGGAAUACCUCGAGGAUGUAUUUCUUGUGCUUUGUGCUCAAGAUAACGAAGCUUCAAAAAAUAUUCAACAAGUUCCAGCGAUCAACUAUAGCAAAUCUACGACUUUCGAAAGUUCAAAAAAAAUUUCCUACGAAAGAGUGAAAGCCCUUGUUUGGAAAAACAUCUGUCUAGCCAAAAGAAAUUUUCUGAUGACGUUAUUCAUAAUCCUUUUACCAAUAGUUUUAAACUGCUGCGUGGAGUUAGCGUACGGGCAUGAUCCCGUUGGACUCCCGAUAGGUUUUAUCAACAAAGAAUUUCAAGACAGCUUGCAAAGGUGUCCCUUGACUUACACCAAUAACUGUGUGCUUGCAAACGACACGCAUUGGGCUAGUUGUGCUUUCAUCCAUGAACUCCGGGAAAAAUCUUAUGAAAUGCGCGAAUACGCGGAUAUCGAGAAAGCCGUGGAGGACUAUGAGAAGAAACGGAUAUGGAGCAUAGUCUCAUUUGCGAGCAAUUACACCGAGUCUUUGACUGAGCGUGUGAAGUUGGGGACCCAGUCGGAAGGCGCUAUAAUCGAAGCUGGCACUGUUACGGCCCAUAUCAGCAGAUGGGAUCAUUUAAUGUAUAUUUUUCUCGUGCGAGAUCUCUACAUGGCGUUAAAUAGAACUAUUGAAAACUCAUUACAAUCUUGCACUAGUUUUGUGAGCCCCGGCGCCUUACGAUCACCGAUGCAGAUGGAUACCCCCGUUUACGGUGGUAUUGGUGUCGAGUUAAUAGUGCAUUUCAUAAUGGGUUUUAAUAUCAUCAAUAUACUUUUCUGUCCGAUGGUCUACUCGUGCGCGUGCAUUCUGGAUGAAAAAGAACAAGGGGUCAUUGACCGAGUUUUGUGCUGUGGUGCAACGAUGAGGGAACUACUAGCAAGUCACUUGUUUUUACAAUUGAUAAUGCUCAUCGUCCAUUGUAUUGAACUGUACAUCGUGACCUACAGCAUUUUCGGUAACCCCCUUGAAGGAAGCUCAUUCUUCAUCAUAGUUAUGUUGGCCAUAACGGCACUAACAGGGGCUCUUGCAGGAACUGUCCUCGGACUGGUAACGGAACAUCUUAUGUUGGCGGUUAAUCUUGGAGUUUCUUUUAAUUUCAUCAUGGCUUACACGUCAGGAUUAUUUUGGCCCCUUCAGGGAGCCCAUCCUGCCAUCAGGGAUUAUCUACCUUACUUGCCAAUCACCGGGACAAUCACAGCGGCACGUAGUAUUUCUCUCAAAGGGCAUGGAUUAAAAAACCUUGAAGUAAUAGGCGGACUCAUUUCAAAUGUCGGAUGGUGUCUUGCAAUGGCUGUUUUGUUGCUGAUAACCGUGAAAACUUGGAAAGGGCCCUGGAACAGUAAGAAGUAGAUCCAGUUUAGGUGGUUGUCGAAACGACAGCAGAGGAACAAAAACCCUCGGAUCUGACAGUGAACUUCCAGAAGGCAUUCGCAGAUUUAAAUGCGACUUUAUCUGGCGUCUACGAAAAGCUAAACGAAGAGACGAAAAAAAAUUUGAGAGACGCCUCGAAGAAAAUUGAAGAAACAGUAUCCGCCAUUAGAACAAAAGGUAUGGAACUGUACGAGGGUCAAAAAACUGAAACUAAGAAAGCUUGAACACCAUUGUUAAGGUGCACAGAUAUUUGAGAGGUAUUAUAAGAUAUGAUAAUGGUGCUUCAUUGUCGAAGACAUACCUACUUAAUAUUUAUUUAUUAUUUCUCUCUUUCUCUCUCUCCCCCUCUUUCCCCUUCCGUUUGAUUAUAAAAUAUAUCACGCCUGGCAAACACAACGGAAUGGAUAGAGAGCAAACACAGCUUUGAUUACCGCUCAAUAAAAAGUAUAUAGCACCUAGAUGCCAUGUUGAGAAUUUGCCUCAUCGCCACAUGAUAAGGCUAGCUUUAUCCAUAAAAGCCUAUUUUUUGGUACAUAUCAAUGGCGUGGAAUAAUAGGCAUGCGAAGGAAAAUAGUACCUGACGUCAAGUUCUGCCUUCUUGCCUGUAAAUUACAGUUGCAAAUAGCUGCAACCCUUUAUUUUAACUUUUCAGGAAACUUCCUUAAAUAUUUAAGUAUCGAGGUAUAUAAUUUAUAUAACUUAUUAUAUUAGUAAUUUAAAAAAUGUUAAGAUUUUAAAGUACCUGACACUUUGAACAAAAACAAAAACUGUACGAUCAGUUAUCCAUGAGAAAAUAAUAUAUAAAAUGAAAUAAAUUCUCGUUAUAAUAAGCGUC